AUGAGGCACUCGACGCCUCACUGGGCCGUCUGGGCCUGUCUAAUUUGGCUGUCGCUGUCUGUGGUGUCUGCGAUUUCAGUCGAUUUAGAUGCAAAAGAUGUCGGCACUGAAGUCUCCAUUGAAGCACGCGGCACCAAGCCAUUCAUGCUGCGAAUCAUGCCACUUGGUGCAUCCAUCACCCAGGGAUACAAAUCCGCGGAUGGCAACGGAUAUCGAAAAUGGCUUCGGCAGCAGCUGCGCUAUGCAGGCUGGGAGGUUGAUAUGGUCGGUAGCAGGAAAACGGGCAGUAUGCGCGACAAUAAUCAUGAGGGCCACGUUGGCUUCAGGAUCGAUCAAGUGGCCAAGGUCGCGAAGAAGACUUUGCCACAGAAGCCUAAUUUGAUUUUGAUCAAUGCUGGUACCAAUGAUGGCUUGCAGGAUUACAAAGUCGACACUGCGGGAGAGCGAAUGGACACUCUUCUCACUGAGCUUUACGAUGCAGUCCCUGGCACAACUAUCAUUCUGUCAACUCUGAUUCCGAACGGCAAAAAGCCCGUUCUUGUCAGCAAGAUCAGCCAGCAGUAUCGUGAUCUCGUUGCCAAGCGACGCGCACAAAAUGACAGCCUUGUCCUCGCUGAAAUGAGCACUUUCAUCAAGUCAACGCAGCUGGUGGAUGGUAUUCACCCAACAGCAGAUGGAUACGAGGAGAUGGCAGCCGUAUGGUGGGCGGCCAUCCAAGAAGCGGAAAAUGAAGGACUUCUCAAGGCGCCGACCUCGACAUCUACAAGUAACGGUACCAUCAGUAAAUCUCGUGAAAAGGCACUUGAUGACAGUACCGGGGAUCCUGAUCUGCCUGCAUAUACUGCCCCGGCUCAGCCUACUGGUUUGAGUUAUGGGAUACGGCAGGCUGGUCAGGUAGAUUGUCUUUUCUUGACUAUGCAGGUUGUACUCUUCAGUUCUGUCUUUGCAUUGUUGGCAUGA